AGAAUCCAAAGUGCCCUAAAGAGGUUGUUAGUUUAUACCCAAUGUAGGGCGCCUCUAUAGGGAGAAAGACUGCAUUUAGUACCCAGCUGAAUGAGAGGAACCAUAUGGGAGGAAGCGUGUUUGUUUUCACUGUUUCAGCGGCACACUUUUUGUGAAACUCAGUUUUAUUAUGUAUUUUGUUGAUUUUUAUGUUAAAUACUAAACUUGGUUGGUUUGUUUGAGCAGUCAUGCAGCUUUGUGUAGUGUGCAGCGACCAAAUUCAUAAAUACAGAUGUCCUGUGUGCAGAAUAAGAUACUGCUCUGUAGGGUGCUUCAAGAAACACAGAGAUGAUGGCUCGUGCCAGCCAGUGAAAGACGCCACACCUCCUGCACCCGCUCCGUGUCCACGUCCCUGUCCGAGUGGGGCAGCGGAGCCCUGGACGGUUGAUGACCUCCUGGAUGAGGACAGUCAGUCUGACCAAGUUCCUCUGCAGAAACUUCAGCUAUUAGGUGAAUCUAAGGAUCUGAUGAAUCUUCUGCAGAAUCCACACCUGAGGAAUCUGAUGCUGUCUGUUGAUUCAGCUGAGGAUAAAUCCAAAGCGAUGAAGAAAGCCAUGCAGGAGCCGCUGUUUGUAGAGCUCGCCAACCAGUGCUUACAGAUUAUUGAGCCAACAGAAAUACAAGAUGAUGAUGACGAUGAUGAUGAAUAGUAAACCGAUUAAGAACAUCCGCUCAGGCUGGUGCUUGAGGAUGAACAAGAGGAUGUGUGUGUACAGACUGCUCUGUCUCUAUGAUUGUCAUGUUGUAAAAUAUGGAUAUACUUCAUUCUAGUCUUCGCUGGAUUACAGGAGUUCAGGACUCAAGACUCAAUUGCAAAUGCUGUUAUUAAUAGUAUUUCUUUAAAGUUUUUGCUUAACUGUUCGAUUAUUGUCCCAUGAAUAUAUACUGUAACCAAAUAAAAUGUGAUUUUUAUUUUUGAAAAA